UAAACAGGAAACCCUAGAACCCGGCCGUCCCAACGCCGUGUUCACUCAGAGAGUCACGAUUCUCAAAUCAUCCAACUCGUUCUUUUCUCCGAUCCAUGAAAUUUUUUCAGUAAUAAUUCCUCGAAUUAUACAACAAAUUAAUUUCAACUGCGAAAUGCAACCCAAAUUGAAACACCAAUAUCUACCGAUAGGGUCAGAAUCGGCUAAAAUUUUAUGUUUAACGUAACAUAAUCAUGCGUUACCAAGGACUACCAGAUAUCUUGUGGUUUUUCUCCUGCUACCGAAAUUUAAAGUCGUGAAAACUGCUGCAGUGCAUCGCAAAGAAUGGUCUGAACUCUGAAGAUGGCAUCACUUCGCUCAGCUGGAUACGUAGAUCCCGGGUGGGAGCAUGGUGUUGCUCAAGAUGAGAGAAAGAAGAAGGUUAGAUGUAAUUACUGCGGAAAAGUAGUUAGCGGUGGGAUAUACAGAUUGAAGCAACAUCUAGCUCGGAUUUCUGGAGAGGUAACCUAUUGCGACAAAGCUCCAGAGGAGGUGUGCCAGAAAAUGAGAGAAAAUCUAGAAGGGUGUCGUUUUGGUAAGAAAGCAAGGCAAAUUGAGUACGAUGAACAAUCUUUUUUGAAUUUUCACGCCAAUGAUGAUGCGGAGGAAGAGCAUGCUGGAUAUAGGAAUAAAGGUAAACAGUUGGUCGGUGACAAGGGUUUAGUGAUAAAUAUGACUCCUCUUCGUUCAUUGGGAUAUGUUGACCCCGGGUGGGAACAUGGUGUUCCUCAGGAUGACAGGAAGAAAAAGGUAAAAUGCAAUUACUGUGACAAGAUAGUGAGUGGCGGUAUUAAUCGGUUCAAGCAACAUCUUGCUAGAAUACCAGGAGAAGUUGCUCCUUGUAAAAGUGCACCUGAGGAAGUAUAUGUAAAAAUAAAAGAAAACAUGAAAUGGCAUCGUACAGGAAGGAGGCAUGGACGACCUGGUACUAAGGAGAUAUCAUCCUUUUAUGUCAACUCAGAAAAUGAAGAUGAGGAAGACGAAGAGGAAGAAGAAAAGGAAGACAUACAUCAUUUGGACAAUGAUAAGCUUUUGCUUGGGGAUAACAGAUAUCACAGAGAUUUUAAAAGAAGUUUCAAAGGGAUCACUCCGGGUAAUGGCCUUGAACCAUCACCGAGAAGGCCAAGGUUUGAUGCUAAUAUUCUGAUGACACCCAAGAGUCAGAUGCAAGCAUCUGGCAAACAAAUGAAAACAGGUUCCUCCAACAGGUCGCGGAGAGAGAUCACUUCUGCUAUUUGCAAAUUCUUCUAUCAUGCAGGAGUGCCUUUACAAGCAGCCAACUCCCCUUAUUUCCAUAAAAUGCUAGAUUUGGUUGGUCAGUAUGGGCCAGGUUUUGUAGGACCAUCAAGCCAACUGUUAUCUGGUCGGUUUCUACAGGAUGAGCUUUUGACCAUCAAAAACUACCUUUCUGAGUACAAGUCUUCCUGGGCAGUUACAGGGUGUUCCAUUUUGGCAGAUAGUUGGCAAGAUAUGCAGGGUAGGACAUUGAUCAAUGCUUUAGUUUCUUGCCCCCGUGGCGUAUACUUUGCUCGCUCAGUUGAUGCCACUGGUGUUUCUGAUGAUGCUGAAUAUUUGUUUAAAAUGCUCGACAGAGUGGUUGAGGAGAUGGGUGAGGAAAAUGUCGUGCAGGUAAUCACUGAAAAUACACGCAGCUAUCAGGAGGCAGGGAAGAUGCUUGAAGAGAAGAGAGUGAAUUUAUUUUGGACUCCUUGUGCUGCCUUUUGUAUUGAUGGCAUGCUUGAAGAUUUUAUGAAAAUAAAUAGGGUGCGAGAAUGCAUAGAGAAAGGCCAAAAAAUUACAAGGUUCAUUUACAAUAGGAUCUGGUUGUUGAAUCUGAUGAAAAAGGAAUUUACUGGAGGUGAGGAAAUAUUGAGGCUAUCUGUUACGCGAUGUGCUUCAAGUUUUACUACGUUGCAAAGUUUGCUUGAUCAUAGGAUUGGUCUUAGAAGAAUGUUUCAGUCAAAUAAAUGGCUUUCAUCUAGGUUUUCAAAAUUGGACUUGGGUAAGGAGGUGAAAAACAUUGUGCUGGAUUCCUCAUUUUGGAGGAAGGUGCAGUAUGUUAGGAGAUCAGUUGACCCUAUUGUGGAAGUGCUACAAAAGAUCAACGGUGAUGAGAGCCUUUUGAUGCCAUUCAUCUACAAUGACAUGUACAGGGCAAAGCUUGCAAUUAAAAUCAAUCAUAAUGAUGAUGCACGCAAGUAUGGACCCUUUUGGAGUGUAAUUGACAAUCAUUGGAGUUCGCUAUUUCAUCACCCUCUCUAUCUGGCUGCUUACUUCCUCAAUCCAUCUUAUCGCUACCGUCCGGAUUUUGUUCCGCAUCCAGAUGUUGUACGUGGACUGAAUGCAUGCAUUGUUCGAUUGGAGCCAGACAGUGCAAGAAGGAUUUCUGCAUCUAUGCAGAUUUCUGACUUUGGGUCUGCAAAAGCUGAUUUUGGAACUGACUUGGCAAUCAGUACCAGAUCAGAGCUUGAUCCAGCUGCAUGGUGGCAACAACAUGGGAUAAAUUGUUUGGAGCUGCAAAAGAUAGCUGUACGAAUACUAAGCCAAACCUGCUCAUCUUUUGGGUGUGAGCACAAUUGGAGCAUACAUGAUCAGAUCUACAGCCAAAGGCAUAACCGUUUAGCACAGAAAAGAUUGAAUGAAGUUAUCUAUGUUCACUACAACUUGCGACUUAGGGAACGCCAGAUAAGGAAACGGUCUUGUGAAGCAGUGUUGUCUGACUGUGUUCUACAAGAGAGUUUAUUGUUUGAUUGGAUUGUAGAGAUGGAGAAACAAGCCUCGUUAGAAGAUGAGGAAAUCCUUUAUAGCGAAAUGGAGCAGGGGGAAGCAUACGAGACAGAUUUAAUGGAUUUUGAAGAUGGGAAUGCUGACCCUAGAAAGAGAUCAAUGGAGAUGAUGAGUUUGGGCAAUGUGGUCGAAUCAUUGGAAAUUAACCCGGGUAUUACUGAUGCAGCCACCGAUGAUGACGAUGAUGACAACGAUGCUGAUCUCAACUUUCUUGAUGACAAUAUAAGUGAUUAAUUACAGAACUUUCAUGUGGCCUCCGAGCCUCCUUUUGUCCAAAAAAAAAAAGAAAAAAAGAAAUACAGUGAUCAACUCCUUUGUAUGUAUGUUCACUUUCUGUAAAUGCUGAAAUGCAUGUUGAUCCCUCAACGAACUGAGUUGAUACCAAAUUCCAAUUUGAAGUGAAAUGGAGAAGUGCUAUCAUGAAGAUAUAUUGGUAGCUUAAGCAA